UGUAAAUGAAUGCCUUCCACUGAACCGAGGUAGACCGGGUCGAGCUUCUUGCGAGAUGGUGGGCUUGUAUGUGGGGGCGGGGAGGGGGGGGUGACGAGGUUGGCAUUGAGGAUCCAUACCCUUUUCCCCCAAAUAAAGGUGACGUGGGCUAGUGUCGCGCCUUUGGACAGGCAGAGUUAGGGGAGGGAGAAGAAACAGGUAGAGCUGCUGGCCUUGUCGGGGACACCUUUGGACGUGCUGGAGGGCAACGACGCCCUAGUUUUCUGCGAAGUUAAGUAGCUUCUGCAGGACUGGGUUCAGUAUUUCUAAUAGCUUCUCAGCAUCCCUCCUCAGCCAACGAAUUCCUCAACCACGGGCCAAGCAAACUACUCCCCACCGCCCCCACCUCCCCACCCCCCACUGUCAUCAGCAGUCUCUGUUGAAUGGGAAUAAUGCACCUUCAGGCUUAACGCCACGUGGGCUCCUUUGCUGUCCUCCAGGCACUAUUAUAGAAGAAUGGAAGAAGAUACAGAUUAUAGAAUCAGGUUUAGUUCUUUGUGUUUCUUUAAUGAUCAUGUUGGAUUUCAUGGCACUAUAAAAAGCUCACCAAGUGACUUUAUUGUUACUGAAAUUGAUGAACAGGGACAGUUAGUUAAUAAGACCAUCGAUGAGCCUAUUUUCAAGAUUAGUGAAAUACAACCUGAGCCAAAUAAUUUUCCCAAAAAACCAAAACUAGAUCUUCAAAAUCUGUCCUUUGAAGAUGGAAGAAACCAAGAAGUUAAUACUUUGAUUAAGUACACUGAUGGUGACCAAAAUCAUCAGUCUGGUUCAGAAAAGGAAGAUACUAUCGUUGAUGGAACUUCCAAAUGUGAAGAAAAAGCUGAUGUUUUAAGCUCCUUUUUGGAUGAAAAAACUCAUGAGUUACUGAAUAAUUUUGCCUGUGAUAUAAAAGAGAAGUGGCUUUCUAAAACAGAGCUAACUGGACUACCUCCUGAAUUCUCAAUAGGCAGAAUCCUUGACAGAAACCAGAGGGCUAGUUUACACAGUGCCAUUAGGCAGAAAUUUCCAUUUUUAAUAACUGUAGGAAAAAACAGUGAAAUUGUUGCAAAACCAAAUCUUGAGUAUAAAGAACUUUGUCAUUUGGUAUCUGAAGAGGAAGCAUUUGACUUUUUUAAAUAUUUGGAUGCAAAGAAAGAAAAUUCCAAAUUUACCUUUAAACCUGAUGCAAACAAAGACCACAGAAAAGCUGUCCACCAUUUUGUUAACAAAAAGUUUGGAAACCUUGUGGAAACCAAAUCUUUUUCUGAAAUGAAUUGCAGUGCUGGUAAUCCGAAUGUGGUGGUAACUGUAAGAUUUCGGGAAAAAGCACACAAGCGUGGGAAAAGGCCUCUUUCUGAAUGCCAAGAAGGAAAAGUUAUAUAUACAGCUUUUACCCUACGAAAGGAAAACCUGGAAAUGUUUGAAGCAAUUGGUUUUUUAGCUAUCAAACUUGGUGUUAUUCCUUCGGAUUUUAGUUAUGCAGGCCUUAAAGACAAGAAAGCCAUCACCUAUCAAGCAAUGGUUGUUAGAAAAGUGACUCCAGAGAGGUUGAAAAAUAUUGAAAAAGAAAUUGAAAAGAAAAGAAUGAAUGUCUUUAAUAUUCGGUCUGUAGAUGAUUCCCUGAGACUUGGUCAGCUCAAAGGAAAUCACUUUGAUAUUGUCAUUAGAAAUUUAAAAAAACAAAUAAAUGAUUCUGCAAACCUGAGAGAGAGAAUUAUGGAAGCAAUAGAAAAUGUUAAGAAAAAAGGCUUUGUGAAUUACUAUGGACCACAGAGAUUUGGGAAGGGAAGGAAAGUUCACACAGACCAAAUUGGACUAGCUUUGCUGAAGAAUGAAAUGAUGAAAGCCAUAAAAUUGUUUCUUACACCAGAAGACUUGGAUGAUCCUGUAAAUAGAGCAAAGAAGUAUUUUCUUCAAACUGAGGAUGCUAAAGGCACGCUUUCAUUAAUGCCUGAAUUCAAAGUGCGCGAGAGAGCAUUGUUGGAGGCAUUGCACCGCUUUGGCAUGACCGAGGAAGGUUGUAUCCAGGCAUGGUUCUCUUUACCCCAUUCCAUGCGCAUAUUCUAUGUUCACGCAUAUACCAGCAAAAUUUGGAAUGAGGCAGUAUCUUACAGACUUGAAACCUAUGGAGCAAGAGUAGUGCAGGGUGAUUUGGUCUGUUUGGAUGAAGAUAUUGAUGACGAGAAUUUCCCAAAUAGUAAAAUUCACUUGGUAACUGAAGAGGAAGGAUCAGCUAAUAUGUAUGCAAUACAUCAGGUGGUUCUUCCAAUACUUGGAUACAAUAUUCAGUACCCAAAGAACAAAGUAGGGCAGUGGUACCAUGACAUACUUAGCAGAGAUGGACUACAGACAUGUAGGUUUAAAGUACCUACUCUGAAACUGAAUGUACCAGGAUGCUAUAGACAGAUUUUGAAACAUCCCCGUAAUCUCUCAUACCAACUAAUGGAAGACCAUGACAUUGAUGUCAAAACUAAAGGUUCCCACAUUGAUGAAACAGGUUUGUCUCUUUUGAUCUCUUUUGAUCUUGAUGCUUCAUGCUAUGCUACCGUUUGUCUGAAGGAAAUAAUGAAGCAUGACGUUUAAAACUGAUACCCUUGGUAUAAUCAUAUAUAUGUCACUCUUUGAAGGAAAGGGGGCUAAAAUAUCUUAAGCACCUUCCAUGUGUUAGGAGCUUCAUAAUUGUUAUCUCUUUUAAUUUUCACAGCAUCCUGAGAAGUUAGGAUUUGAUACUGUAAUUUUAUAGGGGACAUGUAAGUGUCAGGGUCCAAAUUUAAGGUCCAUGUGACCCCAAAGCCUGUGUUUUUUUUUCUAUUAUAUGUUUCAGUGACCUUUAUUCUGUGUCAUAAAGUUACAAUCUUUUAAAACCAUUAGGAAUAUAUAUAAUACUGCAAGAUAACAUUUAAGAAAAAAAGUUGUGAAUAUUCAUAUCCUCUAGCUCCUUGCUUAGAACACUGGUAAAAUUAGAUUGCAGUGAAGCAAAUGUUGGAGAGAAAGAUAGAUGAAGCAUUUUGCUAAUUAUUAUUGUCCUCCUUUCCUAUUUUUGAAAUUAUUGAUCAGAACAAUAUACAAGGGAAAUGCCAUACCUCUGUUUGUGAUAGGUACCCCAGAGUAGUUAUUACCUCUUUGUGAGACAAAUAAUCUUUGAUGAAGAUUGAAAUAAAAUUUCUCAUCCAAUUUUUAUAUCUUGGCAUACGCUCACCCUCUUGACCAUUGGUAAUUUUUUCAUAGUAUCUAAAACAGGUGUUAGAGUCAGACAGAUUCAUUCUUAGAUUCUAGCUCUGAUACUUACUAGUGACUUUGAGUAUGUUGUUGAUUUUUUUGUGUGUGGUUACUGAUAGAAUCAAGACAAUUACAACUUCAUAAAUGACAAAUAAUAGAAUUAUCUCCACAUUUUUUGUUGCUGGAGGAAUAAAACAUUGUGCCCAUUUGAAAAUUUUAAUUUUGGUUGGUUGAACUAUCGCACAUUAUAAAUCAUCCUUCACCAUUUUAUAUCAGUUAAAUAUGGGGGUGGGUGGGGGAGGAAUGACUGGCAUGUAGACAUCUAUUGAUUUAGGAAGAUCUGAGCAUUUCUUUCAUUGUUGGUAAGAUAUAAUGAUGAAAUUUAAAAAGCAGUAUGGAGCAUUAUAUAUCAGUAAUGUGAUAUAUAUACUUAAGCCAGUUUAACCAUUUUGGGAAAUGUUAGCAUAAGGAAAUAAAAUCCAAAAGAAGGAAGAGAAGCUAUAUGCAAUGCAAAAUUUGCUUAUUGCAAUAUUUUCAUAUACAAUUAAAGACACUAAAAACAGUUUUCAAAGUCCAGCAUUACAUAACUAAAGUAAGUAAAAUGAUAUGUAUCAACUUGAUGGUAAAAUAUGUAGUUAUUUUAAAAAGCAAUGAACAAUUUAGUUUCAUGAGAAAAUGUUGCCCCCUAAAAGUAGAACACAUGUAUUACAACUGCAAUAAUACUCUGAAUUCAUCUUUCACAAAUAAGAGACAUGUUAGCAUAGUGAUUAAAAGCACAGAUAUUGGAGACAAACUAACCCAGUUUGAACCCUGGCACUGCCACGUAUAGCACUGCAGCCUUGGGAAAGUUAUUUAAACUCAUGGGCUUCAGUUUCAACAUCUGUAAAAUGGGCAUGUUAACAUUGCCUACCUCACAGGAUUACUGUGAGAAUUUUCUAAGUUAAUAUAUGUAAAGCAGCUUUAAAAAGUGCCUGGCACUUAGUUAUUGUUAAAUAAGUGUCUGCAGAUGCAAGUUUGGAAGAGGAAAGCAAAUAAAUGAAAAUGCCUUCCUGUUAAGAUGAUGGGGUAUUUGGAUUUUUUUAAUACUAAAAAGUUUUUUUGUUAUAUGUUUUGGCAAUAAAUAAUUCUCAAUACACAAAA